AUGGAAAUAGUGGGGUGUCGAGCCGAAGGAACCGCUUGCCCCUUCCGCCCCCCAGCCAUGCUUUUCCACGGCAUCUCCGGAGGCCACAUCCAAGGCAUCAUGGAGGAGAUGGAGAGGAGGUCCAAGACCGAGUCGCGCCUGGCUAAAGGCGCCCAGAUGAACGGCCGGGAAGCGAAUAUGCCCCCGCUGAGCCCGGAGAAGCCUGCCUUGUGCGCCGGCUGCGGAGGGAAGAUCUCCGACAGAUACUACCUGCUGGCGGUGGACAAGCAGUGGCACCUGCGGUGUCUUAAGUGUUGUGAAUGUAAACUGGCGCUGGAGUCCGAGCUCACCUGCUUCGCCAAGGACGGCAGCAUUUACUGCAAGGAGGAUUAUUACAGAAGGUUCUCCGUGCAGCGCUGUGCCCGCUGCCACCUGGGCAUCUCGGCCUCGGAGAUGGUGAUGCGAGCCCGGGACUCGGUGUACCACCUGAGCUGUUUCACCUGCACCACGUGCAACAAGACGCUGACGACGGGCGACCACUUCGGCAUGAAGGACAACGUGGUCUACUGCCGGGCGCACUUCGAGAGCCUGCUGCAGGGCACCGAUCCUGCCUCCUACCCGCCUCCGCAGCUGAGCUACACCGAGUUGGCGGCCAAGGGAGGAGGCCUGGCGCUGCCGUACUUCAACGGCACAGGCACGGUCCAGAAAGGCCGGCCCAGGAAGAGGAAGAGCCCAGCCUUGGGCGUGGACCUCGUCAGUUACAAUUCAGGUUGCAAUGAGAACGAGGCAGACCACCUGGACAGAGACCAGCAGCCUUAUCCCCCAUCUCAGAAGACCAAGCGCAUGCGCACUUCUUUCAAGCACCACCAGCUCCGCACCAUGAAGUCCUACUUUGCUAUUAACCACAACCCAGAUGCCAAGGACCUCAAGCAGCUUGCCCAGAAGACAGGCCUAACUAAGAGAGUUCUGCAGGUUUGGUUCCAAAACGCACGAGCCAAAUUCAGAAGGAACCUUUUGCGGCAGGAGAAUGGGGGUGUUGAUAAAGCUGAUGGCACGUCGCUUCCGGCCCCGCCCUCAGCAGACAGCGGCGCUCUCACUCCACCCGGCACUGCGACCACUUUAACAGACCUGACCAAUCCCACUAUCACUGUAGUGUCAUCAGUGACCUCUAACUUGGACAGCCACGAUUCCGGAAGCCCCUCACAAACUACCUUAACAAACCUUUUCUAA